AGUUACACCAGGAGCACUUGGAUGAAGGGAUGAACUGCUGCUCAUGCGUAGAAGCGUGACGGACAGUGCCAAAACACUGGGUGCGAGCGGAGCGUCCAUUUCGUUACAUAGUCCUCAGAGUCUUCCUUCAGCUUGCUCUUGGAGUCUCUUUAAAGGGUCUUUGAAGAAGCAAAAAGUCUUGAAUUGCCGCUCUCUAUUCCUCACCAAUAAUCGUACUUUUUCUUACCACUCGAUCAGGAAGAGAAGUAUAAUUGGUAAAAGAUUUGGUGGGGAAACUUUUGCGGUUUCUAAGAUGGCUGGGAAUAGGACAAAUGAAACUUCGGAUGAGAGAUCUGGGAAUAUGAUUUUUGAGCCUAUUCUAGAGGAAGGAGUCUUCCGAUUUGAUUGCUCUGCAGAAGACCGGAAUGCAGCAUAUCCAAGUUUUUCUUUCGUAGAUCAGAAGGCAAGGGAGACACCACUUACGAGUGGUCACAAAGCUCCAUUGUAUACUCCUACUUUUCAAUGUGUAAUGGGGCAACAAAUCGUCAACAUUAAGUUUCCACUAGGUACUUCAUUCUAUGGUACAGGAGAAGUUAGUGGCCAGCUUGAAAGAACGGGUAAAAGGGUAUUCACCUGGAAUACUGAUGCGUAUGGUUAUGGUCCUGGGACUACCUCCUUGUACCAAUCACACCCUUGGGUGCUGACUAUUCUUCCCAGUGGAGAGGCACUGGGGGUUUUGGCAGAUACAUCACUGCAAUGUGAGAUUGACUUGAGAAUAGAAACCAAUAUCAAGUUCAUUGCAGCGGGGCCAUAUCCUGUUAUUACAUUUGGCCCCUUCGCUUCUCCAACGGAUGUUCUUGUAACUUUGUCACAUGCAAUUGGGACUACUUUUAUGCCUCCAAAAUGGUCAUUGGGUUAUCAUCAAUGUCGUUGGAGUUAUAUACCUGAUGCACGAGUUUGUGAGAUAGCAAGAACAUUUCGCGAGAAAAAAAUUCCUUGUGAUGUCAUAUGGAUGGACAUAGACUACAUGGAUGGUUUUCGUUGUUUCACAUUUAACCAGGAGCAUUUUCCUGAUCCAAAAUCCCUUGUGCAUGAUCUUCAUCAAAAUGGUUUCAAAGCCAUUUGGAUGAUUGAUCCCGGCAUUAAGUGCGAAAAGGGUUACUUUGUCUAUGACAGUGGAUGUGAAAAAGAUCUUUGGAUUCAAACAGCUGAUGGCAAGCCUUUUGUGGGUGAUGUGUGGCCUGGACCUUGUGUAUUUCCCGACUUCACACACUCUAAUGUCCGGUCAUGGUGGGCUGGUUUGAUUAAAGGUUUCGUCUCUAAUGGUGUUGAUGGAAUAUGGAAUGAUAUGAAUGAACCAGCUGUUUUUAAGACUCUAACAAAGACAAUGCCUGAGACCAAUAUUCAUAGAGGAGAUGAUGAAUUUGGAAGCAGACAAAAUCACUUGUAUUACCACAAUGUCUAUGGCAUGCUGAUGGCCAGAUCUACAUUUGAAGGGAUGAAGCUAGCUGAUAGUAAUAAGCGGCCCUUUGUUCUAACACGAGCAGGAUUUAUUGGUAGCCAAAAGUAUGCUGCAACAUGGACAGGAGAUAACCUCUCCACAUGGGAGCAUCUUCACAUGAGUAUCUCCAUGGUUCUGAACCUGGGCCUUAGUGGUCAACCACUAUCUGGACCAGAUAUAGGAGGGUUUGCUGGCAAUGCAACUCCAAAACUGUUUGGAAGGUGGAUGGGCAUUGGUGCCUUGUUUCCAUUUUCUCGUGGGCAUUCUGAAGCUGACACGACCAAUCAUGAACCUUGGUCCUUCGGAGAAGAGGCAAGAGAGGUGAGCACCUUUAACAACUAUGAUCUUUGCAUAUUCCCAUUGAGGCAUGCACCUAGACGUAGGGGUGGACACAAUCAAGUUCUGGUCCGGUUACAGUUCCAAAACUGGUGGUUCCUGGCUAGGUUGCACGGGUUCGGCAGUUUGGUGCCGCCUCCCGCUCCGGAAGCGACGCGGGGACGGAAUCGCCGGCGGGGACGGCUAGUGACGUACCGGAAACGGAUCUACAGGUUUGGAUUCGGCGGGUAGAAAUUGGGUACGAAUCCAGACGAAUCGGGUAGGAAUUGGGUACGAAUCUUAAAUUGAAAAGUUUUUUAAAAUAUUUGACCAAUUAGGAUUAGGAUUUGGAAAGUAAUUUAAUUAAGCCUUGAAAGACCUGGAUCCGCCGCUUCAUUCCUACGAACCGAUUCAGAGCAGAGACUUCUACCGCCGAUUGCAUCUACCGCCGACGGGGAGGGAGUUCAAUUCCGGUUAAUUGCUUUGCUUUUUCCGGCGACAAGGUAAGCUUUUCUACCC